AUGUCCAGUAAACAGUUGUCAGCACGAGAUUUACUUCGAAAAUCACGUGAGCAAAAAAAGCAGCAGCAGCAGAAACAAAACCAAAUACCCACAAAGAGACAAAGGACAUCAGAUGAGGACGAGGCAAAAGCAGCCUUUGGUGUAUUGAAAUUAAACAUAUCAAGUACAAAAGAUACCAAGGAUACUCAUAAAACUAAGCACAUAGCUAUUGAGGAUUCGAAUAAACGGCAGAAAACCGAUAAUCACAAUCUGGCAUUAGUCAAUUACGGUGACAGCAACAGCAGCGAAAGUGAAAGUGGCAGAGAGAGCGACAGUGAAAUUAAUAGGGCGUCGGAUGGUGAGUCGCCAGAUAAUAAUGGUGUAGGGGGUUUGCCUGCCGGGUUUUUCGAUUCUGGUGUAGACCCCAGCAAAGCAGAGAGCGAUGAUGAAAUGAAAGUGGAAAUAGAAGAUGGCCGGCCGAUUCAAGCGCCAAAGAAAGAAACCACCAGUGCUAGUGGUGAUGGGUUGGAGCGUGAGUUGGCGGCGUUUGAAGACGAGGUGUUGCAGCUGGAGGUUUCGAACGGAGUAAAGGAUAAGGCGAACGAGUCGGGUGAGUCGGACGAGCUGGUUGAUGAUAUUAUGGCGGAGAGCUAUGUGGAUAGACAGGGCGAGAUCUGGGAGACGCGCACAAAGCGGCUUUUGGAGCUGCACAGUCGCAUUAAAGCCGAGCUCCAAAAUGAGCAAAAUGAGCAAAAUGAUCAACCUCCUCCUUCGUCAUCGUCCUCUUCAGAUGCGGACUCGGACUUGGAAGACGAAAUAUUAAAUUGGCGCAACACCGGGUUUAAUUAA